AUGACGUCGAACAUCGCUAAUCAACCGAAUGCUGAGGCAGCCGAGCUGAAGGCGCGGUAUGUCGGCCGUAUGCUACAGGACGUCGAUGGCCCAGUGCCGGUUAUCGACCGCGAGGUAGCACGGCGUAAUUGCCAGGUCAUGCUUGAUGCCGCAGACGCUUUGGAUGUCGACUUCAGGGCACACGCAAAGACUCAUAAGACAACCGAACUCACCCGCUUCCAGGUUGGGGAGAAGUCGGAUUCCGUGCGACUGAUAGCGUCCACGCUCGUGGAAGCAGAGCAGUUGACUCCAUUCCUGAAAGAAUGUCAAUCAAAAGAUCGGAAGGUAGAUUUGAUCUACGGCCUCCCCGUUCAACCAUCUUGUUGCCCGCGUCUGGCUGAACUGGGUAAGAUACUCGGCCAUGGAGCAGUGACAUGUCUGGUUGAUAGCACCGAGAUCAUCCCGUAUCUAUCUCGCUACCAUGCGCUCUGCGGCAUGAGGCUGGGCAUCUUUAUCAAGUUGGACACAGGCUAUGGUCGCGCCGGUGUAGCUCCCGAUAGCUCGCAGUUCGACGCCAUAGUAAACGAACUCUACGCCCUGGAGAUCAAGGAGCCACACCUCCUGACCCUGCGUGGCUUCUACUCGCACAUGGGACAUAGCUAUGGGUCUGACAGCCCAUCGGAGGCAAUGGAUUACCUGCGCCUGGAAAUCGAGCAGUGCGAGCUCGCCGCGAAACGUGUCUCUGCAUUGCCUCCUCCCGUCCAGCCCGACGGAGAAGCCGACUACUCGCAGCGACGCUUCAUUCUCUCCGUCGGCGCCACGCCUAGCACCACCUCAGCGCAGAAUCUCACGGCCUCUCAAACACUUUCCUUACCUGGAGCAGACAAGGUCAAGGCACUGAUCGAGCAAACUAAACAGAAAUAUGACAUCGAGUUGCACGCGGGUGCAUACGUGACGUUGGAUGUGCAGCAGUUAGCCGCCCGUGCGCGUCCGUGCAGCUCACAUCUAUCAUUUGAUGACAUAGCGCUUACUAUGCUCGCAGAGGUGGCAUCGCUGUAUAUGCACCGUGACCAUCCCGAGGCGCUUGUUGCAUGUGGUUCGUUGGCUAUGGGCCGUGAGCCAUGUCGUACCUAUAGUGGCUGGGGUAUAGUUACACCCUGGCGCGAGCAAGCAGGUGAUGACCAGCAGCAAGGGAAGACAGGUCACUAUGAUCCCGAUGGGGACAAGACGGGUUGGAUAGUCGACCGUAUCAGUCAGGAGCACGGCAUUUUGCGCUGGAACGGGUCGCGAGAGAAUAUGCAGCCACUGCGAAUCGGCGAGAAACUGCGCAUCUGGCCAAACCAUUGUUGCAUUUGCUGUGCAGGGUUUACCUAUUUGCUUGUUGUUGAUUCGACAGCCCAGGGAACCGAGAAGGACCGCAUCGUUGAUGUUUGGCAGAGCUGGAGAGGGUGGUGA